GCAUUAAAAGAUUUCCAGAAAAUACAAUCUUGGCCCGACGGACACGGCAACAACAACACAAUGGGCCGCGCUGCGAUCCGCUUGGCCUCGCCGCAGGAGCACGCCGAUAUCGAGCUGCUGCUGCAUGCGCUCGGCUCUGCUCAAUGUAAGCUCUCUACGGAGCCCACCCAUAUUGGCCAGAAGCAUGUCUUUGUCGCGGAAACCUCGGGUCCCAUCGGCGUUCUCGUGCUUCUACGAGACCAAGACGUGGCGGUGAUUGAUGCACUCGCUGUCGAUCCCAUCCACCGCAGCCAAGGUACAGGGUCGGACCUUGUGCGCGCUGCUGAGCGCUUCCUCGUAUCGGAGGCAAAGGAAACCAGUCGGUACCUCGCACUCUCGUGCGUCCCGUCCGACGCCGCUGAGCGGUUCGCGCAGCGCUUGGGCUUUGCCGAAUACAGCGGCGAAUUUGAUGCAGUAACAGGCGCGCGCCUCGUCGUGUACCGGAAACCCGUUGGCGACCACCAUGCCCCAGACGCCUCCAUGGGUGAUGAUGUCAUGGGCGCCUUCCUUGCCCAAGUGGAUGGGUCGGAGGACCCUUCUCUGGCGGCAUCCGCAAAGACUCCGCUCUUCGCGUCCAUCCUCUCGACCAUGCGCUUGGAUACGCUGGAGGCGCUCGCGACGGACUUGGGCAGCACUGCUUGCAUCGAGAUGCUAACUGACGACGGCGAUGACGAUCGCGAGACGCCCGAGAGCCUCGACUCGCUCGUACGCCUGCUCAUGACGCAGCUGCGCGAUCCGAGCCACGCAGAGCUUGUCACGUCAUUUCGACCAAGUCCAGAGUCAUCGGAGGAAAAGGAGUAGCCAUACCGGCUGCACCCAAGAGAAUUGCUUAACGACAGAUUCCUCUCGUGCACC